AUGAGGUGUGUUCGACCCCAGCUGGUUGCCCCUCAUCGUGCCUUUCUCUCUUUCUCCUUCUCUGCCACUGGCUUUCUAGGGACCCCGCUGAAUGUCACAGGGGUUGAUUUCCUCAAAAGCCAGAACACGCGCCUGCACCACACCGAUGCGUACGACAACCAAAGCCUGGUGGUGAGGCGCGGGCAGGACUUCUGGCUGAAGCUGACCUUUGACAGGGACCUGAGUGCCACCGACAAGGUGAAGCUGCAGUUCAGCAUUGGGGAUAAGCCGAUGAAGACCCUGGGGACCCUGAUGUCCCUGAACCUGAGGAGUUUGAAGGACUACAACGGGUGGCGUACCACCAUCAUCACGUCCUCCAACAAAGAGUGCCUGGUGGCUGUGACCAGUCCGGCCAAUGCAAUUGUAGGAAAAUACUGCCUGAAGGUGAUGACGGGGUUGAAAGCUUACAAGCCUGAAAAUGAUGCUGUCUACCUUUUGUUCAACCCUUGGUGUCAAGCGGAUACUGUGUUCAUGGCCGGCGACGCUGAGAAAAAUGAAUACGUGCUCAACGACACGGGAUACAUCUACGUUGGCUCAGCAGACUACAUACAUGCGAGACCCUGGAAUUUUGGGCAGUUUGAGCAAUUCAUCUUGGAUGCCUGCAUGUAUCUGCUGGACCAAAGCAAACUCAAGCCAAAUGCAAGAAGGGAUCCUGUUGUUGUGUCCAGAGCCAUGUCUGCUUUGGUCAACGCCAACGAUGACAGAGGGGUCUUGAUCGGGAACUGGUCAGGGAUGUACACCAGCGGGACCUCCCCUCUGACGUGGAUCGGGAGUGUCUCAAUUUUGCAGCAAUAUUACAAAACGAAGCAGUCAGUGCGUUAUGGUCAGUGUUGGGUCUUCUCAGGAGUCCUCACUACAGUCAUGCGCUGCUUGGGGAUCCCAGCCCGGAGCGUGAGUAACUUUGACUCAGCACACGACACGCAGGAAGACCUGAGAGUUGACAUUUACCUGAAUGAAAAUGGAGAACAGUUGAACAACCUGUCAUUCGACUCCGUCUGGAACUUCCAUGUGUGGAAUGAUGUAUGGAUGAAACGGCCGGACUUGCCAGCAGGGUUCGAUGGCUGGCAGACGAUUGAUUCAACCCCUCAGGAGCGAAGUCAAGGUGUUUUCCGGUGUGGGCCAUCUCCGCUGAAGGCCGUCCGAGAAGGGGACGUGUAUUUGAACUUCGACUGCAAGUUUGUGUAUGCGGAAGUGAAUGCCGACACAGUCUACUGGUAUGUGAAGAAGGUGAAUGGCAAGGAGAAGUACGUCAAAAUUGCUGUGAAUACCAGCGCUGUUGGCAAGAACAUCAGCACGAAAGCUGUGGGGCAGAACAGACGGGAAGACAUCACCGCGCAGUACAAGUACCCUGAAGGCUCACCAGACGAAAGGAAGUCCAUGCGGACAGCUUCCUCUUUCAUCUCAAGAAAUGGAUCUGGUGCACGCUACGCUUCAGCCAUCGUCCCCAGAGCUAGGAUCCCAGAGGAUGUGCACAUCAGGUCUAGUGACCAGGAUGAGGUGUCCCCCAAGCCUGAGGUCCAGCUUGAGAUAACUAGCAAAAAUCCUUUGUAUCCCGGUAAUCCCAUUGAGCUGGACAUCGUAGUGAAGACCUCUGCUUCCAAGAGCCAGACCAUCAAUCUUGCAGCCUCCUGCCAUCUGCAGUCCUAUACUGGGAAAAUUAAGGCCAGUCUUGUAUCUAUCAAGGAGACCAUCAAGCUUGAAGGCAAAUCUGAGACAGAGGCUCCUCUGAAAAUUGCAGCUGACAAGUACAUGGAGAAGCUGGCCUCAGUGGGAGAUGAAGAUCUCCUCAAAGUCUUUGCCAUCGCCGAGAUUGAGGGAACGGAUCAAAAACUCACCAAGGAGAUGACACUGACCUUCCAGUACCCCCCCAUCACUGCUGAGAUGCCAGAAACUGCAAAAGUGAACCAGGAGUUCAGCUGUGCCUUCAUCUUCAAGAACACGCUGAGCAUCCCCCUGCAGGACUGCAAGCUGAUUGUGGAGGGCCUGGGCAUGUUUAAGAUGACAUCAUUUGACGAAGGGGACAUUCAGCCUGGUGGGAUCUUCAAGUCUAAAAUAAUCUGCACCCCAAAGAGAACAGGCGAGAAGAAAAUAGUCGCCACGCUGACCUCAGUCCAGGUCAAUGGGAUAUCCGUGGAGAAGGCCAUCACCAUCACCGAGUAG